AGAAAAGAAAAAAACAAAGGAAGAGAAAGAGUGAGUUAUGACCGUGUGAGUUGUUGUCUCUAUCUGCCUUAUCCCCCUCCGUAAUCUCCAUCUCCCAAUUUUCUUCUUCUUCAUCCUCCUCGUUCUGCUUCACCUUCAAUUCCUUCGGGAUCCUCUUUCUUCAAAUUAGGGUUUUUGUCAACGCUUCCUUCAUCGGGAUUCGAGUAUCCCAAAGCUUGUUUCACUGCACCUGUCUCUCGCUUUUCGUCCCUCCUCGUGCUUCACGCCCAGAAUUCAAACUCAGUGUCUCCAACAUCUCAUUUCCAAGUAUGAUGAAAGGUGUGAGGGACUGGGUUUUUUCUCAGAUACUGUCCAAUUCAUUGGUCUCAACAACAACCCCGUCGACAUCGGGCAGCGGUAGUUUCUAUGAUGAAGAGCGCCGGGGAGAAGAUAUCAAUGACCAAGGUACAGUUCACUCAGCUAGUGCAGUAUCAUCACCAGUUCCUUCAGACACAUCAAGCUCUUUUGGUAAUCAGAUUAUUCCGCAUAAUUCCACCUUGCAGCAAAUUUCAGAUGCAGAAAUUUGUCAAUCUCAACAUAAUGCCAAUGAAAGACGGAAUGACACUUUGGCAAAGGUUGAGGAACUCCAAGUUAAAUUCUUCCGUCUCCUCCAGCGUCUUGGUCCGUCACAAGAAAAUCUCUUGGUUACACAGGUUCUUUCUCGGAUGCACCUGGCAACCUUGAUUCGUGCUGAGGAACCAGAUCUAAAAAGAGUUAAUGUUAGUAGCAGGAGAGCUCGAGCAAUAGCAAGCCAACAGGAGGCAAUUGGUAUUCCCCAAUUAGAUUUCUCUUGCAGAAUACUUGUCCUCGGUAAAACAGGAGUUGGUAAAAGUGCUACCAUAAAUUCAAUAUUUGGUCAAGCAAAAGCCAUCACUGAUGCAUUUCAACCAGCUACUAGUUUCAUCCAAGAAGUUGUGGGAAAUGUCAAUGGGCUUAACUUAACAUUUAUUGAUACCCCUGGUUUCCUCCCUUCCUCCACCAAUAAUGUGAAGAGAAAUAAGAGGAUCAUGCUCUCUGUGAAGAGAUUCAUCAGAAAGUCCCCCCCGGACAUUGUUUUGUACUUUGAACGGCUUGAUCUUACUAAUGCUGGUUAUAGUGAUUUCCCACUUCUGAAGCUCAUUACCGAAGUAUUUGGCACAGCAAUCUGGUUCAACACUAUCCUAGUGAUGACUCAUUCUUCCUUACCUAUUCCAGAAGGACCUGAUGGGUAUACUGUUAAUUACGAUUCAUAUAUUUCUCAACGUACCAACAUAAUACAGCAGUAUAUACAUCAGGCAGUGUUAGAUUCAAGGCUUGAAAACCCCGUACUAUUGGUUGAGAACCAUUCUCAGUGCCCGAAAAAUAUUAUGGGGGAGAAAAUUCUUCCAAAUGGACAAGUUUGGAGAUCUAGGCUCUUGCUAUUUUGCAUCUGUACAAAAAUUCUGGGUGAUGUCAAUUCCCUCCUUAAGUUUCAGAACAGUGUAGAACUGGGACCAGCAAAUAGUUCCCGAAUUCCUUCUCUGCCCCAUCUCCUUUCGUCUCUUUUACGUCAUCGUCCUGUACCCAACCAGAAUGGAAUUGAUGAUGAAAUUGAAGAAAUUUUACUCUCAGAUAAGGAAGAAGAAGAUGAAUAUGAUCAACUUCCACCCAUACGGAUCUUGACAAAAUUCCAGUUUGAAAAGUUGUCCAAGGCACAGAAAGAAGAUUAUCUGGAUGAAUUGGAUUACAGGGAGACUCUUUUCUUAAAGAAACAAUUGAAAGAAGACUAUCGUGAGCGUAAACAGAAGUUACUUUUAAAAGAGAAAACACUUUUGGAUAGUGAUCCUUCUGAUGAUGAUCCUCCGGAACCUGUUCUGUUACCAGAUAUGGCUGUUCCUCCAAGUUUUGACUCAGAUUGUCCUAUACACAGAUACCGUUGCCUUGUUACUAAUGACCAAUGGCUUGUAAGACCAGUUCUUGACCCUCAAGGUUGGGAUCAUGAUGUGGGCUUCGAUGGUAUAAACUUGGAGACAGCUACAGAAAUAAAGAAGAAUGUACAUGCAUCUGUUGUGGGACAGAUGAGCAAGAACAAGCAGGAUUUCAGUAUUCAAUCUGAGUGUGCUGCAGCUUAUGUUGAUCCGUGGGGCCCUACCUAUUCUGUCGGUGUUGAUGUUCAAUCUUAUGCUAAAGAUCUGAUAUAUACUAUUCAUAGCAACACAAAGUUGAGAAACAUAAAGCACAAUACUGCUGAGUGUGGUCUUUCUGUGACAUCUUUUGCAAAGAAGUUCUAUCUGGGUGCAAAACUUGAGGAUACUGUGUUAGUUGGGAAAAGAUUAAAAUUUGUCAUGAAUGCUGGUCGCAUGGAGGGUCCUGGACAAGUGGCGUAUGGCGGGAGUUUUGAAGCUAUUGUACGAGGGGAAGAUUAUCCUGUAAGAAGUGACAAUUUAAGUCUGACAAUGACAAUCCUCUCCUUCAACAAAGAGAUGGUGUUGAGUGGAAGUUUACAAUCUGAGUUCAGGUUAAGUCGAAGCUUGAGAGCAUCUGUUGGUGCGAAUCUAAAUAGUCGCAAAAUGGGGCAAAUAUCUGUAAAGAUGAGUAGCUCUGAGCAUUUACAAAUUGCCCUGGUUGGUGUUUUCUCAAUUUUCAAAGUGUUAUCACGUAGGAAGGCAACAAGUAAAAACGUGAUGAAGGAAGUAAUGGACAGAGAUUAGGUUAUGUUUGUUGACUUUGUUCUGUCACUGAUCAUUUUUGUUCAAGGAAGAGGUGAAAGUGGGGAAGCAUUCUACAUGCUAAACAUAGGUAUGGACCAUUUUCCCUGCGAAGGGAGGAUAGAUGAUCAUUUUUGAAGAGUUAGAUUAGUUUCUUUUUGUGAUAAUUCGGAUGCCUGUUUUUGAAGUCUCAUUCAGGUAAACGGAUGGCAUAUUGAACCUAUUGUCUGUACAUAGUUGUUCAAUACUUCAAUUAUCAGUAUCUGGAUUUCACCAACUAUUGGUAUUCAUUUAGUAAAAUGUAGUCAUAACUGUACAGUAAAGCACAGAAACCAUCUGGCUUUUUUGUUAUGUGAUUUGUUCAAAUUAGUUGGAAUAUGAAUGCUUUAACCGGAGUUAUUGAAAUGUGGAAAACGUUAAUGAAGCUCAGGAUAUAUUGAGAA